CGCCGAACAAAGGAUUUGCGCUGGAAUCUCGCUCGGCGCCGGGACCUAAAAUGGCGCCGGCGCGCCCGCCCCCGCCCCUUCCGCGGGGGCCAUAGAGACGGGGCGGGCGGAGCGGCUCCCCCUCGCUGCCGCUCUGUACCCGGGCGCGGCCCCAGCUCGCUGGUGCGGGCGGGGAGGUGCUGCCGCGGCAUGGCGGGCGAGGGCGACUCUGAGCCGAGGAAGUCCUUUAAACUCCUGGGAUUUCUCGAUGUUAAAAACGUCCCAUGUGCACGAGAAUCAGUGCUCUAUGGCUCCCUGGGGUCCUUAGUUGUGGGUCUUGGACAUUUUUUAGCGACUAGUAGAGUUAGAAGAUCUUGUGACGUUGCAGUUGGUGGCUUUAUUUGCACAAUGUUAGGAUACUGGUUUUACUGCAGGUACAAUUUGGCCCAACAGAGGAUCCGGCAAAGAAUGCUUAAAGAAGGAAUGAAAAACAGAAUUUUAUUUGAAGGCAGUUAUCUUGAUCCAGAAAAGGARCAAACUGGUAGUGAAAGAAGCGAUUCAUAGGCUGCUCUGGAGGAGCUGUGGUUGAAUACAUCUUUGGGAAAAGGUGGUUCAAAAAUGUCAGUCUACACUGUGAGGUGUCUAAAAUGGGUAAAUCAUGGUUUUCCUGGCAAAUCUGAGCAGGAAAUUCACAGUGAAUCUGUUAAGUCUGUACAAGCCGUGCUUUGUUCURUAUAUGUAUGUAUGUGACUGCACAUAUUAGGGAAUGAUGUCCUGGUAAACUUCUGGAAGCUGAUGUGUUCUUUUACAGAAGAURAACAACUGAUUUGGGACUGCUUUAACUUCUAUUAUAAAAAGAGUGUGGUUUGUUUUAGCAAAGUUGUAAUUACAUCUCAUUUAAAUACAGGAAAAUAUUUUCAUCAGCUGUUGAGUAAAUGUAUCCUUCAGUGCUAUUGUUAACAGUUCUGUUUGUAAAACAAGGAUAUUUAAACUGUAGGAGAAGGCUUUGCUUGUGCAAAGAUGGGUGAUACCUUUGUAAGAUUUCAACUGCAAGAUAACCAGGUUACUUAUAUACACUGUGAAACUGAAGGAUUUACAUCUUUGUUGUCUGUUUGAAACUAAGAAUAAAAAACACACAUCACACUUCAGAGCAGUCUAAACUAUGUAAGUAAAUAAUUUUUUACUUCAUUAAAAAUCUAGCUAUUUUCGACACUUUUCUACUACUUGUGGAAUAAUAAUUUACAUUAUUUUGAAGUAGUAAUGAUCGGUAGUGUGUUCUUUUGGU